GGCCAGACUGUUCCUGGGACCGCGGGCAUGCGCCUACCCGGAGCGGUGCGCGCGUGCGUCGUGUGGGCGUCGCUGUGGGCGGCGUGGGCGGCGGCGGCGGCCGUGUCCGGCGAGCCGCCCUCGCCCGGCCUGGUGGGCGCCCGCAACCUGGCGGCGGCGCUCGACUGCUCCGGCGUGCUGGGCUUCUCCAGCGUCGGCCACCUCGCCAACUCCAGCUCCAGCGGGCCGCUCACCUUCCAGGCGGACCUCUCCGACCGGCGCGGCCUGGGCUGGAGCCGCCACACCGGCGAGUUCACCUGCUUCUGCCCCGGCGUCUACCAGAUAGCCUUCUCCGGCGCCGGCGCUCAGUUGUCGCUGAAGAGGCGUCAGUCUGGGGGCGGAUCCUGGGAUGACGUGGUCCACACAGGCCCUGGCGGCGGUGCACACACACUGCUGCUCGAGAUGAACGUUGGUGACUGCGCUUCUCUCUGGCGGGACUCUGGAGAACUGCUGCCCAACACCGUCAGUUUCUCUGCCUUCAGGCUUGCCAAGAAAUAGGAACGGCAAGUGGCCGUUCUAGGGAAACGGAAAGUGGCACUGGUCGGCAAGCCCACAUUUCACUUCACUGACGUCACUAAUUCUUUGUGUGCUUUAGUAUAUUUAUCAGAUAAAAUAGAAUGAUUGAAAACUUCUGGCAAAGGCAACCCUUCGAAGAAUGAGCUAAAUUCUUUAAAAAAUAUCUACACCUCUGUCCAUUCUUCUUAUUUGACAUCUGAUAUAAUCUACUAACUACACACAUAGGAUAAAAAUCUCAGGCCCUAGUUACCAUAUUCCAUUUUAUUCUUGCUUAUUUUUGUGCCAGUCAGUUAAACAAGGUCACAGUAUAUUGGCGUCAGUUAAAUCUGUGUCAUUGUUAUCAGUAAAAAUUGAUCCCGAGCAACUAGUGAGGGAACGUCGACUAGGCAAAUUCAAUACAGCAGUUGCACAGAUUAUUGUAUCUGCCCAAUCUGCUCAAUGCUUUUAUGAACAGAACUGUGAUACGUUUCUUCCCAUCCUGUGCCACAUUCCGUUUCCUAUUUGGCAGAAAUAUUGUACAUUAUCACUGCCACAUCAAUCUGUCCUGUGCUUACUGCACAAAACUAGAGGCUUCUAAAACUCUCACUCACAGUUUAAAGGGUGAAUCCACUCAUUUAAACUGUAAGUGAAAGAUAAAUGUCAUUAAAAUACUUUGUACUAAAUACUUAGCUGGAAACCCUCUGAUGAGAUCAAAUGUUGUUCCUAAUCUGUGAUAGUGUCAAAUACGUUGUACUAAGAGAAAGAGAGAGAGAAUUCUAUAGACUACAAAAUUCUAGUCGGGUCUCCACCUUCUGGGCCUUCAGCUGACUGCAUGGAACGCACUUCAACUUAUCACAGCCUCACACUACGCAUGUCCCUGCUAAUACUACUUUCACUGUUGGCUCUGUGGUGGACUACACGUAUCGUCAAAAGGACACUGUUUUGGCAACACGGGAUGUACUAUCACAUGAAUGUGUUGUGUUUUGUUAACAUUUACCUUCUGGUGUAAUUUCUUUCUUCUGUCUCCUGUAUUUUGAUUUUUUUCUUUUUUUUACCUUCAAGUACAAAUAAAGCUCUUGGUUCUAUGA